CCCUAUGCAGCGAGUGUACGGGGUGGAGUAGAGUUUAAAAUACAGUUUUAAACGUAUCGGAAGAGCGUCCGGCGCGUCCUCCGCCGGCUCUGACAGCAGAGCUGCAAUAAAUGACAGCGCGCCGGGAAAGUUUGUCCUGAGGCUGCCGGGUUGCGCUCUCGGUGUCUCGGACCCUCGACUCUAAAAUGGCUGGCUGUAGGUCCGAGGAAGCUCCGGUGCAACGGGAAGGAUCCGUUCCACACCGCGACUGUCUAAAUAUAAAUGGGUAUGCCCCAAAAUGGAUUCUCAGUUGGCUUCAGUCCUGACCAGGGGCAGCCUGGAUGUCCAAAAUGGCAGCCACUGUGCAGAGGGAUCAGGGCCAGUGACAGAGGUUUCUUUGGACCCAAAGGAAGAAACCUCACCCUGUACUGUACCAGGUAGCCUCCAGCCAUGCCCCGAUGAAGCAGCACUGACCAUCAGGCAGUCUGCACCAUCUAUCAAUGGGAAUAAGCCAGAGGUGGGCGGGACUUCUAUGCCAGCCUCUCAGGAAACAAGUGAGAUUGGUGUGUUCAGACAGCCAAUCACAGUGAAGACUGGCGUGCCUGUGUUACGCAGCCGACCAAUCAGACUCAAAAUUGUUGUUCCCCUACGGUGCAAGAGGCCAAUCACAAACUCUGCCAUCAGCCUGACCAAAGACUUUGCUCACUCACAUUGUAGAAGACCUGUGUCGGUCUCAGCUGGAGCAGAAAAAACAGGUAAAAUACUAAUUUCUGCUGUUAAGAGUGAAGAAGAGAUCAAGGAAGUUACUUAUCAUAAGACUGAGGAAGCUAAGCCAGAAUCAUUCCAUGAGGAAGCAAUGUGCAAAGACAAACAUGUUUCGGGUGUUAAAAUCAUUCACACUGAUGGGUCAGAAACUCCUUUAAUUUCAAGCACUAAUGCAGUUAAAAUAUUGAGCCUGAAAGGGGUUAAAGAGGAAACUACAGAGAGAAACAUCGAGGAAAAUAUUCCUCCAAUAUUCAAAGCUAUGGACUUGAAGUCUUGUUUGACGUUUGACGAAAUGGGAAUGGAGGAACAGACGGAACCACUGGACCUGACUUUGCCCAAGAAAAGAGAGAGUCGAGAGAGGAGGUGUGAUCGCUUUCUGGAUGACUCUGGCUGCGAGAGCUCGUUGAUUAUGGAGGUGGAUGAAUAUGAGGGAGAGGGAGACAGAGAUAUAGUAGAAGAGGACGAUGAUGGUGAAGGAGAGGUCUCUGUGCCACGUAUGGACGGCACAGAUACCCUUGAAGACUCUCUCCUGUCUCCCUCCUUCUUCUCUACCUCGGUCUUUACCUCCCUCUCCUCUAUAGACUGUGACUCUAAAAACUUCCUUCUCAUAGACGACAAGGGAAUACCGUACACGCUCAAUCCAGAUGGACUCAAAGUGCCACAAGUCGAUGCUUCAGAGGAUCAGGUAGAAGGAUCGGGGUCACCUCAAAUGUCCACGUUGGCCGAGCCUAGCCUCAGCCAAAGUUCAGAUAAUGCACUAAAUGCACCUUGUGAUCAUCUUUACAACUCACCAGCCCCUGCUGCGGAUUCUCCAUCAGUAAGUGCUGAUCAAACGAAACCUACAGAAGUCUUCACGGGUUUGAUUACAAACUCAGAAACCUCCGACGCCGUGGAGCCAACUGUUGAAACUGUUCAGGAGGCUAAUGCUGUUCUAUCAAUCCCCACUCAGCCCAUUCAGAUCCUCACUAACCCUUCUACUAACACUGCUUUUCUCCUGCUGUCGUCCUCCUCUUCCUCACCUCAGCUGUCCUCGGCUCGGGUGGGUCUCUCGCUUCCCCUUACAGUUACUCAGACCUCCCCUGGUGCUUCCAACCCAAUGUUCCUCCUCCUUUCAUCCGUACCCUCUUCCUCCGGUGACUCUGCCUCUACCUCCACCCCGAUCGCCGUCCUCGACCCUACGACCGGUCAGUUGUCCCAGAUCAUGGCGUCCUCGGCCCCCGUCUCCCUCCCUUUGCCCCCCAGUCAUGUCAGCACUCUGGGAUCACCUCUGCCCACGCUGUCCCACCCCGUCAUCAGACUGAGCCCCAACAUCCCCCCUGACAUGCUGUCGGGAGUGACCAACGUAAACUCUGUUCUCAGCUCUCUCACCGUCUGUUCGCCCUCUCCUGCUCUUCAGAACGGCCGUCGCAGUGCAAGCCUUCAUUCUCAAGUCAGCCCUUCCGAUUCAAACCCUGGAAGUGAAGCCAUAUCUGCUGAAGGAGUCUCAAGUGAAAACAACAAGCCAUCAACUUUUACAGCAUCCUCUCCGCACCCCCAGUCUGCUAGUUUUACCUAUGAAGAGGCCCAAUCACCAGCUUCCGAGCCCAGAUUUGACCCGUCUGACCUGCACUCGGAACAUUUACCUCUGGACGACCAUCUCUACUUCUCCAACGCAGCUGCUCCUCCCUCCCCUCCCGUCGGACCCGUUCUCCCCUCUGAUAAUCUCGACCCGCUGGAUCCUCUAUCUCCAGAGGGGUCGCCCAAUGACAUGGCUGCCCGCAGGGUGCUGUACUGCCAGCUGUGCCCGCGGGUCUUCUUUUACCUCUCCGACCUUGAGCGCCACGCCAUCACGCACUCGCAGAAGAAGCCUCACGUUUGCCAGCAGUGCGGCAAAGCCUUCAAGCGCUCCAGCCAUCUGCAGAGACACAGGCACAUCCACACAGGCCAGAGGAACUUUGUGUGCCCCAUCUGUGCCAAACGCUUCAGGGAGGCCGGCGAGCUCCAGCGCCACCAAAGGGUCCACACCGGAGAGAAACCCUACCAGUGCCAACUUUGCCACACGCGAUUUGCCGAGCGCAACACGCUGCGCCGACACACCAAACGCAAACAUCCUUACCACCAAGUAGCCAUGGAAAUGCUGAACGAGAGAAGGGACAGAGGAGGAGGUGUCGGAUCCGGAGUGCAGGACGAAGAAGAGAGCGCUGAAUGGUACAGCUCCACGGUGUCUAAUUUGGAAAGCUCAGAGUCUGAGAUGGAAACUUAAAAGAGUUUUCUGCAGAUGGACUCCAAAGUGAAGGGGAGGAGGGUGAUCAUAUGUAACGCUGGUUAAACACUAAACCUUUCUCAUUUAUUAACGCUAAAAAAGGGAGCACUUGCAAUAUUUAUUUCAGUGUUUUGAAGCUAAUUUAUUUAUAUGAAUGUAUAUUAUUCACAUUCCAUGUGGUGGUCAACACUUCAGCCAGUCAAAAUUGAUUUUGACAUUAGCCUUUCCUGUAUGAAAAAAGUUGCAUAUACGCAUAUGAAAUGGGAAAGCUCAUGCUUGAAAUCGUGGUUUUUCUGUGAGUUCAUAAUAUUAGUUCGACUGCUAACGUGCCCCCCAUGAAGACGCAUUCCCAUACAAUCCAUUAUAAAACCCUCAAGUGCUCCGAAAAGAAGGAUAACUUAUUUAUUCUAAAGGGUCCUCUACACUAGCUGUGUAUAUAAAGAGUACUUGUAAGAGCUGCACUUCUGCACUAUCUUAUGUGAAAGAUGUAAUCUAUCUUUCUUACGUCAGAGACACUGUGAGUCAUUUGCACUUGUUUUAUUUCAAUUCACUUUUUUUUACAUUGUGAUGGAAAACGCUUUAUCUUUUGUUGCAGCUGUAUUUUAAUUAACUCGUCAUGUGAGAGUUUGACCAAAUGUUUUUGAGUUAUUCUAACAAACACUAUAUUCAGAAUUUUGUUUUUGUUUGAUGUGAAUUAUGUUAAUUUAUUUGAAUUAAAUUGUGUCAACUGUAAAUGAUUCUUUGUACCAUCCUUUCUUCCACGUUAGUGUGUCUUUUCCAAAUGUUUAAAUAAUUGAAGUAUAUUGGACGUGUCUUUUCAUAUUAAUCACAUACAUCUCUCCUUGAUAAUGAACACUAGGGCCAUAUCUCCCCUCUAAUUUAAGCUGAUCCUCAGAGAUGAUUCUCUUCUCUAAGUUAAUCACCAAAGAUGAGACCUGACUUCACAUGGAUCUUUGUGAGGAAAAAAAAAAAAUGAAGAUACCUGAUAUAUAUCUGCUGGACUGCCUCCAGAGAGUAAUUGAGUUUGUAAGACCUCUGUUUUUUUUUGCACACUCUCAAUUUUCUGCUCCAUUUAAGCCACCGGGCCUAACAGAGCUCGGCUCAAGAUAAGUUAUUAAAUACUGGAUUGCUCAAAUGACCCGAGUGGGUCCUUGUGGCCGACCCUUUCCUUAUUUCUACGCUGGUCAUCGUGCGAAUAGAGAUGCGCUGGCGUGCUGAAAGGCCUGCGCUAUAAGCUUCAUUCUACUUUAGUUCGGCAAACUCAGUUUUAUAGGCUCGGUUGAAGGAGAGAGGUGUGGAGGCUGUGAAGAGCAAAGGUUAACCAAGCAGAGAAUGAAGAAUGUGCUGCUGAGAGACCGUCUGUUUUUGGAGAUAGUGGAGACUAUUUGCUGUGGUAAAACUGAAAGAGCCGAUGUUUAAUGCAUAUGUUUCUGUAUAGGGAUUCUUGUUCGUUACAAGUUUUUGAUUUUUGGUCCACAAAGGAGUCACACAGAAAUGAUAAAUAAUGCAGUUUAAUACAAUUACCAUUUUCAGCUGUCGUUGUCAAUUACUUAUUUAAUGGAGGUUUUAAAUUUGUUCAAGUUUAUCUUAAAACAAUGCUCAGAUGCAACUAUGCUACUGUUUAGGUCUGAGUUAUUGGUCACUGUUAUUGUUCCUCUUGUCCACAUUGGCUGUAACAGGAUCCCCUCCUUAUACAAUUUCAAUGUACGAGAUGGAGGGAAAAAAAUCCACAAUCACAGUUCAGUUCAGCUGAAGCUCAUAUAAGUCGUAUAACGUCCGAGUUUGACAAAACAACACAAUUGACACUUACUGAGUUCCACCACAACUCAACAAGCAAACACUGAUCUGUAGCUGUAACGCAUUCCCACUUUAUUUGACUUAAGUCAGACUGUUGAAGCUGCAUAUUAGCUUUAGCUGAACUGAAGAAAUCCUUUUUGUACAAAAAAGGACUGUGUUUUGUCCCCCAUCUCUUCCACUGGAGACACGUUAAGAAGGAAUCUCUUCAGGGCCAGUAUGGACAGGAGGAAUGAUGACAGCACCAGAGUACUCUUCCAAUGAACAUUGAGUACCGGUAUAUUGAGUGAGUCAUAUUUUUAAAUAUACUUAACAAAUGUGAACAUAUCAUCUACUAUCUAUAAUCAUGUUCGGGGAUUGUGGGAAACGUUGCAAAUAAGUGAGCACGUCUGUCAUUUUUUUUACAAUUUGAUGAAAUUUCAGAAUUCAGGUUAACUUUGGUUAAUUUUUGCCAACUUUCUAUGUAUAUGUUUUUGUCUUUGUUUACCCUCGUUCAAACUGUCCUCACCUGAUAUUCAUGGUAUUCAUUUUCAGCACAAACUCAGCCAUCAGUCAAGUAUAAAGCUGCCAGGAGCCCAAAAUACAAUGGCGAGCAAAAUAUGCAAUUUAUUUGUGAUAAUUACCUUAAAAGUUUAAGGUUAUAACAAAUAUAGUUUCACUAUUUACACACACACAUACAACAAGAAAAUACAAUAAGUUAAACUAUAUUACAGUCGAGAGACUUUAUCCAGACUGUAUGCAAAUCACUGAAAAUAUGAAUAAUUCCCAGCUUUUACAUUUUCUUUCAAUACGACAUGUAUGAGAGGAAAGACCCACAUCAGCACUUUCAAUUGCUUUUUCAAGCUUGUCUCUUCAUUAUAUAUAAAUAAAGUUAACUAUAAUGAAAACAUUUCCAUGUGGUUAUUUUGCCAAUAAAUAACGUGAGACACAUAAUAAAUCCCAUUCACCUCGAUUGAAGAGGUUAAACAAAUUUCCCAUUCAUUUCACUCUGUUACCCUGCAAUGUAAUGCAAGCAACACCUGAUUGAUUGGUUAAUUAAUUACAGUAUUCCCCUCCUCAUUGGCCCUAACUAACAAUCGCACCUUCUUGUUGUAGACGCUCAUUGAAGCGCUGCGUACAUAUUGUUAAGGUGACUCUGAGGAUUCAGCCAUUAAAUCAAUGCUGUUCUGUCAGCAACACAAACAUGAUUCUGGUCCCCUAAUUGACACCACUGGACUGCUCCAUCAAUGAGCCUACAAGGUCCUCAGUGCAUGAUGAUGAUGAUGAAUAUUCAACCGGCCGAGUGUGUGAGAUCAGCAGUCCAGCUGGAGAUGUGUGUGUGCAGUACAGUAUAGUGUGUGUGUGUGUGUGUGUGUAGGGUUGGUAGCUAUCCAGAUGACACACAGCUUCAAAGUGCAGUGAC